UUUCCCAGUUGCUUCGUUUGGUUAACAGGGAACGACCACAUUCGUUAAAAUCUCUCGCGCACACACCCGACAGUGACAGUAUCAGUUUUCCCUCCAUUUUUUCCCCUGUACUUAUUUUCCCUCGUCACAUCCGUAACCCUAAAUCCUCUCUCUCUCCCUCUCUCUUAUCUCAAUGUUCCACACUUUGAGAUCUCGAUUCUAUUUCUUAUUGAUGGAUUUUGAUCACAAGCUAGGGUAUCGUAUGUGAACUACGCGAAAGUGAAGCCAAACUUAGAGAAGAAACGGAUUGCUUUGUUAGGGUUGAUGUGGAAAUUUAUUUGAUUCUGUUGGCGGAUCAUUCGAGAUGGGUUCCUUCGGGGACAUUGAUACUGAAAUUGAACCAACUUUUGAUGAAGGCAAGCCAAUCAAAGGGGAACAAGAAAUCGAUUUUGACCAUGCUGAGACCCAGCUCUUUGAUUCCCAGCUCUCAGGUGACGAAGGGGAUGCUGUUGAAUUUCAAUGUUUGCAAAAUACUGAGCCUUUUGAUAAAACUUCUCCAGUAGAUGAGGUGCUUGAGACUCAAGAAGUGGACCUUGCUGGUGAAACCCAAGUAUUGGAUUUUGGGGGUGAAACUCAAGUAGUCAAUUUUGCUGGUGAAACACAAUUAUUGGAUGACCCAGAUUGCAAUGAGGUUAUGGCUACCCAGCUAUUGGAGGACACUGAUAAUGAAUGUGCCCCUGAUAGUGAUCGUGAAGGAUCUGAUGGAACUGAAGUUCUGGAGGAUUGUGAUGACCACUCUGAUGAUGAAUUUCCAAAAAAAGGUGACUUCACCCCAUUUGACGGGAAGAAGAUUGAGAGAACUUCUAGCUAUAGACAUGGCGACAAGGGGUUAGUGGAACAACCUGAAGAGUGGUCAGCUGAACCGCGAAACUCUGGCGUAGGAUCUUCGCCAAUGUUCACUUCUGUUCGUGUAGCAUCUUUGCGCUCUUCUGGUCUAGCAGCUCGCAGAACUUCCCCAAAUGGAACUAAAACUCAGUGCUACUCAUUUUCAGCUUAUGGCCAGGCGUCUCAACCAGAAACCUUGAGUAAAGAAAAACUGAAAGCAAACUAUGGGAAGGAAGUUCACCAGGUACAUGAUACAGGGAUACAUCAUGAGGAAGUAGAGAUAUUAAGGUGUGAAAACAAGUGCAAGGUUGGUUCUUUGAUAGUAAGAAAACUCUUCACUGAAGAUUCCUCUGCUAAAACCAAUGGAUUUGCUCAUGACAGUAAUAACACUGAGGAAGGAGCAGAUGUGCUUCAGUUGCCCCUUUGUGAUAACGGGAUGGCAGGCUUAAGCUAUGUUGAUUCUCAAGAACCAGGAGAAGCAUCUCAAGCCAAUGCUCUGAAUGUUGUGGAAAGGUUAAUUAACGACAAUUUUAUGGAGUUUGACAAUGAAACUGAGUAUGGACUUCGAAGUGGAGGAAAAUCAGAUCCUGUUUUAAGUGCAAAAGGUCCACAACUUUUGGCAAUGAAGGCCAGUGAAAGAAACUUGAUUGGAGAAGAAGGAAUAUUUGACUGGGAUGAUAAUCGUGAGGAUGAUGGGGGUGGGGAUUUUUUCCGUAGGAGAAAGGAAGACUUCUUUGCUGUUGAAAAACAUAAGAAGAGAUCUUUUACUGAACCUCGAAAGCCCAAAGGAGGAAAUCUACGUAACGGUGGUGCUCAUCAAAAACAGUCAAACCUCCAUUGUGAAAAAGUGGUGCAUUCUGAUUCGAAAAUGCUGAUGCAUAAUACAAGUACAAUGCAGGAAACUAAAAUGAAUAUCCAAAAGAAUCUCAUUAAUGAGUUUGAUGAAGAUUCCUUGGCAGGACAGUUCAAAACGACUGGUACUAUGGUAGAUCCUCCUGAAAUGGUAAACGUAGGGUUUGACACUCAGAUGGCUGCUGAAGCUAUGGAAGCCUUAUUCUGUGGGGAAGGUAUCCUUGAUCAUGCUGCCAACAAUCCCCAUCAAGAAAUUGAAAACAAUGCUAAGGUUUCUCCCGGACGUUCUACAAGAGGAAGAAAAGAUAAAAAGGUCCUUCCAAAGCAAAGCUCUUUGAAAACGAAUAACGAUGCUGGGGUUACUACAAGACAGUCCAAGGUGGUCAGUGCUAAAUCUAGCAAAAGAUCUUCAGUUUCAUCUCAGAAUUUCUUAAAGAAUGUGAGGAAGAGCUGUGAUACAGAGCUACUAGUUAGAAAGAGGAGGAGAGUGAUGUUGAAUGCGAAAGAAAGUGUCAUUUCCAGUGGUAGGAAGACUCUGAACAAAGUGCAUUCUCAGGUUGAUGAGAAAAGAAAGCCUGAAGGAGUUUUGCGCAAGACCCGACUGGACAGGCUAGGUGGUUGUGGUGCUGGAAAAUUAAAUGGAAAUAACACUCUUAAGAAUAAGCAUCUAGAGAAGGAGGUUGGGAGUUUUAUUCCCAUUGCAAAGCGAACUAGAUAUUCCAGGGUUCCUUAUCAAUUGGAAAGGGCAGAUGAUGCACCCAGUAAUCAUACGGAAGAAAUAAACCAUCUGAUAGCAGAUCAUGAAGGGACAAGAACUGGUAUUACAAGUGCGGAAGCUUCUAGAGUGUUGAAUUGUGAAGGAGAAAAUUCGAAAUUGGGUUCCAACAUAUCUGGAAAGCUUGAAAACGCCACACCAAAUCAGCAUGAGCAAUUGCGUUCAACGUUGACAGAUGUGAGUAUUGGUUUCAAGACAUUCAGUCAUCCCAGAGGAAGAAGAUCUUGUCGUAAAUUGCUACAGAAAGUUAAUGGAACUGUUAAUUUAGAUGCUCAAUGUAAACUCUCUGUUCGGCCAGCAGAUAGUGGACCAAAAGUCACUCGGCCUAAAAGGUCACGCAGCAAUGCCAAAGAUACUUCAACUGAGCUGAACCUGAAGAAGAAAUUGGAGUUGUCUACAGUUACUCGUCCAGCUUUAUCUUCUGCGAACAAGAUUUUGGAAAGAAAUUUGCUGGGGCAAAGUGGGGACAAAUCAGAUUCAAGGGAUCUUAUUCAUAAUUGUAACUUGUCUGAUAUGAAUGAUAAAAUGACAUCAAUUGAGUCUAGGAAGGUGAAGCACUCUGACAGAAAGAGAGAUGCAGAUUCAUCUCUGUCUUCCAAAAAUGUUGGCGCAAAUGUUGAUGUAGAUAAUUCUCCAGGUAAAAGACCCAAACCAUCUGAUGUGGCUUGUACUACCCCAGUCAACUGUGCGACACCUUCAAAUGCCGCAUCACCUGUGUGUAUGGGCAAUGAAUAUUAUAAACAAUCAUGCAAGAAGAACUUGUCAAGAUCAUGUCUUCUAAGAGAACUCAAUAGCUUAUGUUACACUGGGCUACAACCUGCUUGUGCUGUAAAAGAGUCAAGAAAAAGGAGAGACAUGGGUAAUGUUCGAGUUUUGUUCAGCCACCACUUGGAUGAUGAUAUAGUUAAGCAUCAGAAAAAGAUUUUGGUGCGGCUUGGAGCUUCUGUAGCAUUCUCUAUCACUGAUGCAACUCACUUUGUCACAGACAAAUUUGUGCGCACUAGAAAUAUGUUAGAAGCUAUCGCGUCUGGCAAACCAGUUGUGACUCAGUUGUGGCUUGAUAGUGUUGGACAAGCUAAUUAUCUUGUAGAUGAGGAGAAAUAUGUAUUGCGAGACAUUAGAAAGGAAAAGGAGAUUGGCUUUAAUAUGUCGAUAUCCUUGGCACGUGCACGCCAGCAUCCACUUUUGCAGGGUCAAAGGGUUUUGAUCACUCCAAAUACGCAGCCUGGUAAAGAAAUAAUUUCGAGUUUGGUUAAGGCAGUCCAUGGUCAGCCUGUGGGGAGAAUGGGCAGAUCUGCUUUGAAGGAUGACAAAUUUCCGGAUGAUUUGCUUGUUUUAUCUUGUGAAGAAGAUUACGGAAUCUGCGUCCCUUUCCUUGAAAAAGGGGCUGCCAUCUACAGCUCAGAGUUGCUACUGAAUGGUGUUGUUACACAGAGGCUGGAGUACAAUAGGCAUAGACUCUUCACAGAUCAUGUCAAAAAGACUCGUUCUACUCUAUGGUUGAGGAAAGAUGACGGGAAGUUUCUUCCGGUGGCAAAGCAUAAAUAAAUAAGACGAAGUAUUCUUUGUUUCUUUCAUUUUCGUUCUCCCUGUCCGUCUACACGUUUUGUGCAUGUUGGUGUGCAGUUGCAUUUUAUCUGUACAUAGUUUUUUUGCUUCAUGGGUUCUUGUACAAAUAUGAAUCUAUAUAUGUAUAUGUAUGGUAACAUUUUUGUUUUAUUCCUUCAUUUAUUUCUCCCAUUCAAUGUGA